AUGUUGAGCAGAAACUCUAUCCUUUCACUAUAUUUGAGUCUGGCAAGCUCAAUUGCUGCCCCUGUUUCAGACACCGUUUCGAGCUCCUCGAACUCGACCUCGUUAACUGAAAUGUGUGACUCGUCUUACAUCCAGAGUCUUAUUCCUUCCAACGGUACGUUGUUAGGAAUUGACUUGAUCCCUUCUUCCGUUCAGGCAACCAUUGUCGACCCCUCAGCUCAAGGUUCAUCUUCUUCGGGAGCUAGCUCAACCAGUACGUAUACUUCCAAGUACUGCAGUGUCACCCUUGAAUACACUCACACGGGAAAGGGAGACAAUGUCACCGUCAAAUACGCUUUCCCAAGCCCUGAUGAGUUCUCCAACCGGUUUUACCUUGCUGGAGGUGGUGGCUACACUCUGAACUCGGAUGCUACAGGCGGACUCACUUAUGGUGCUGUCAGUGGAGCUACCAGUGCUGGCUAUGAUGCCUUUGACUAUAGCAUGGAUGAAGUCUUCUUGUAUGGUAAUGGCUCCAUCAAUUGGGACGCAGCGUACAUGUUUAGCUACCAGGCUCUUGGUGAGCUAACUGUGGUUGGUAAAUACCUCACCAGAGAAUUCUAUGGUCUUGCCCAAGAAGAAAAACUCUACACCUAUUUCGAAGGAUGUUCUGACGGAGGUCGUGAAGCAAUGUCUCAGGUUCAAAGAUGGGGUGAGGAGUACGAUGGUGUUAUUGCCGGUGCUCCUGCAUUCAGGUAUGCUCAGCAACAAGUUCUCCAUGUCUUCCCGGCCACAGUUGAGCACACACUUGGCUACUAUCCACCAACUUGUGAAUUGGAAAAGAUUGUUAAUGCUACCAUUGAGGCAUGCGAUGGCUUGGAUGGCCGUGUCGAUGGAGUCAUUUCAAGAACUGAUUUGUGUGCGCUGCAGUUCGAUCUUGAAAGCCUGGUUGGUCAGCCAUACUACUGUGCUGCUACAACUAGCUCGUCCCUAGGGUUCGGUUUCAGUAAGAGAGAUGACCAAAGUCAGACUAGCGAUACGCCAGAGCAAAGCGGAAACAUCACGAAAGAGGGUAUCGCGGUUGCAAAGCAGAUUUACGACGGUCUUUUCAACAGUGAUGGAGAAAGAGCCUACCUCUCCUUCAGAAUCGGAUCAUCUCUCGACGACGCUGAUACCACAUACAAUUCUGAUGACGACAAAUGGGAGCUAAAUAUUCCUUCCACGGGUGGACUUUAUGUCCAGAAAUUCAUCAAGCUUCUUGAUCUGGACAACUUGGAUAACCUUGAUGGAGUCACUUACGAUACCCUGAUUGACUGGAUGAAAAUUGGUAUGUACAGAUACUUUGACAGUUUGCAGACAACGGUCACUGACCUCACUCCCUUCAGAAACGCUGGGGGGAAGCUGAUUCACUACCACGGAGAGUCCGAUCCAAGCAUUCCUCCAGCAUCUUCGGUUCACUACUGGCAAAGUGUGAGAGACACAUUGUAUGGUAACUUGACCUUUGAAGAGAGUCUGAAAGAGCUUGAUGAAUGGUACCAAUUCUAUCUCGUCCCAGGAGCUGCACAUUGCGGCACAAAUGAGUUGCAGCCAGGUCCUUACCCAGAAACCAACAUGGAAAUUAUGAUCAAUUGGGUUGAGAAUGGCGUCAAGCCAACGGGUCUGAAUGCUACAGUUUCCGAGGGUGAAUAUGCCUCAGAAAACCAGGAACUGUGUAAGUGGCCAACUCGUCCACUCUGGAGGUCUGGCAAUCUUUCCACAUUUGACUGUGUGUUUGACCAGGCUUCUUACGAAAGCUGGACUUAUGAGUUCCCAGCUUUCAAGAUCCCUGUUUACUAA